UAAACUCUGAUUGUUAUCGCAACCUCACACUCACGCAGACACAAAAGCCCAAACCACGCACAAUUCAAACGUUCACUCUCUUUCUCUCUAACACACUCACACUCACUUACUCGGUCUUGUCACCGGUGAUAAUAUCGCCGUAAAACUGAUUUUUAGCCGGGAAAAAUGGCGGUUCCGGCGAGCGGUGGUUUUCCUAAUUUCCAAAGUGAAAACGUGACGUUCUCGAGCCGUUGCGUAUUUCGUGAAAACUAGCCUUUAUUUUCUGAAAGCCCUAAGCAAAAGCAACUUUUAUCUUUUUCUUUAUAUUUGUAGUUAGCAGAGUUUGGAAGUUAUUCCACGCUUUGCCUUGCAAAUUAGAGGCAAUAUAGUUGUACUAUAUAAUAUAGAGUAGUAUUAAUUGGUUUUAGCAUUGCUUAAGCGUCUCGAAUUUUGGUUAUAAAAGAGCUUUGAAUUUUGGCCAAGUCAUCGAUUUCUUCGUCCACAAAAUUUUGAAAUCCAUGAGUGGAGAAUCGAGAUAGAUCGUCUUUGAUGAUAUAUUAGUAGUGGUGGUUAGAAAUUGAAUUAGGUUGGAAGUUAAGGUUUAGGUAGGCUCUGUGGAAAAGGACGAAAUGGUAAAUUGAAGGUUGGAGGUGGAGUUGAGAAUUUUCUCGUGAUUUUUGAUCACGCUGAUCAUGCCUUUAUCAAUGAAGAUCCAGCCGGUCGAUUUUAACACGCCGGAAGAGACGAUGAGGUUCGACUCAGUGAAGCCGAUGGCGAAGUCUCGGCUGAAGAGGUUUUUUGAUUUCCAGUUCCCGAACGUUCUGAGGAAUUCCACGGCGGCGCCGGAGAAGGUAGUGGCCGAGGAGCCGCAUUUUCUGAAGGACGGCUUUAAUGGCUCGGUUGUGGUGGCGCCGGUGGUGGCCACUGAGUUUGAGCCGAGUUCGGUGUGCUUGGACAGUAUGGUACAGAACUUCAUCGAGGAGAACAAUAACAACAACAACAACGAGAAGCAAUCCGGUGCGGUCAGGUGUGGCCGUAACCGCUGCAACUGCUUUAACCGGAACUGUAUUGAUAGCAGUUCGGAAGAUGAAUGGGACUCUUUCGGCGAUUCUAACUAUUCUUCCACUGAAGCUUGUGAAAUUCUCAAGGGAUUGGUGCCGUGUGCGAGUGUGUGCGAGAGGAAUUUGCUAGCGGACACGUCGAAGAUCGUAGAGAAGAACAAGAUCUGUAAGAGUAAAGAUGAGGAUUGCAGGAAAGUUGUCACUGAUGGAUUGUUGGCUCUUGGAUACGACGCUUCAAUUUGUAAAUCCCGCUGGGAAAAAUGUUCCUCCUAUCCUGCGGGGGAAUAUGAAUACAUAGACGUGAUAAUCGAGGGCGAGAGAUAUCUGAUCGACAUCGAUUUCAGAUCAGAAUUCGAAAUUGCUAGACCAACCAAGAGCUACAAAACGAUCGUCCAGGCUCUUCCGUACAUCUUCGUAGGAAAGUCCGAUCGUCUGCGCCGAAUCAUAGCGAUCGCAUCGGAGGCAGCAAAGCAGAGCCUGAAAAAGAAAAAUUUGCACAUUCCUCCGUGGAGGAAAGCCGAGUAUGUCAAUUCCAAAUGGCUCUCUCCACACGCGCGGUCUCAGCACGUGAAUGAACAGCCUCUCCACGUCAACGAGUUCAAACUGAGUCAGGCGGUGGAGGAGACUGAAUUAGGUGAGGGCGGCGAGAACGUUUUUGCUUUGAGCGAAGGCUCCGAAGAAGAAGGGGAAGCGAAAGCGAAAGAGUGGAAGCCGCCGGAGAUAAAGCCUAAGCCUAAAAAUUCACUGAGUCAUGGGGUGAGAAUCGUGACCGGUUUGGCUUCGGUCAUUGAAGACUCGCCUUGAAAUUUUGAUUUUUAAUAUUUUUUUUGUUGGUUUUGUUUUGAUUACUAAAGAGAUUUACUAAUAUGGAACUCCGUAAUUCGAUCCCUUGCUUGUUUUUUAUGCAAGGGUCGGAUAUUAGUAUAUUACUAAUACCAAUAAACAGAAUUGCUAAAAAAAAGGAAUAUAGUUUAGAGAAAUAUCAUAAUUUUUGUUCUUGAUUUGUAGUUUCUAUUUGUAAUGGACUAAUUGUGUAACUGUAUUCUGAUUUGAAUGGAAUCCAUAAGUUUCAAGUUUGUGUA